UAACCCCAAAACCAGAGCCCUUUCAUGGCCAAGAAACGCUACGUCAGAUCUUAAAUAGUCAGGGUUAAAAAGCUAGGGUUUUGGACGAUUCCCCAUGUCGCUUUCACGACCUUGGUUUUGACGAUCUCCGAGAUCUUAAAUACUCAUGUCAUGGCGGCCCAGAACCUAGGUUUCGCGCGCUCUGAAACUAAGGGAGUAGGGCUUCCUGAAGAUCUGAAGCUGGUUUGGCGGUUUACAAGUGGAAUUACGGCGAAUAAGAGUGGUUAUCCGGCGAUGACAAAGGUUCACCCUAAUGGCUUUUUGAGAGAGUUUCGUCAAGAUUCAGAUGGCUCUGCAACGGUUUUGACGGUUUGGAAGAAAUCACUGCUUCUCAGUUGUAGUGGUUUCACUGUGUUCGAUUCCAGGGGGAAUCUGGUCUUUAGGGUUGAUAAUUAUGUUGCUGGUAAUAGGGAGGAGCUCGUGCUCAUGGAUUUUGAAGGGAAGACUCUGUUCACGAUGAGGAGAAAGAAAUUGAGCCUCUCAGAACAGUGGCAAGUCUUCGAAGGGGAGGCUCUCUCUCCAUCUCCUCCCAUAUUCAGUAUGAGAAAGCAUUCGAGCCUCCUCCAAUCCAAGGUCUUAGCCCACGUCUACAGGGGAUGCGACACCAAGCGCUGGGCUUACCAGGUCGAAGGCUCGUACUCGCGACGCAUAUGUGAGAUCCACAACGAGGCUCAUCGGGUGGUUGCCGAGAUCAAAAGGAAGGAGAAUUCGGGUGGUGUGAGUUACAGAGGUGAUGUGUUUAAGCUUCUUGUCGAGCCUGAACUCGAUUCUGCUUUUGCCAUGGCCCUGGUGUUGCUCCUGGAUCAGAUGUUCUCAUCAAAAUGGUCUCCCUAAUUACAACAACCAACAAACCCCAUGCUUUCUUUUACUAUAUCUCUCCCAUCAUUCUUUCCUUAUGGUUUGCUCUUUGUUGGGGUAUAUAAAUUUUUGGAUUGUUGUCUUUCAUUCUCCAUUAUUGCUAUGAGCCUCUCAUGGCGUGGGUUUUUGUGCUGCCAUUGAAGAGGCGCUCUCUCUCUUUCUCUACAAAUUCUCUCUGCUCUCUCUCUCUACAGUUUCUCUCUCUUGCUUGCGGGCAAUUUUAUGUAGAAAAAUGGAUUCACA